CCAAAAUUUUCUGUGUACACUUGUUACUUACAUAAAAUAUUAAAUUUUACGUUUUUUUUCACAAUGCCUAGAUGUAAAGAGAAUUUUAAUAAUAAAUUCAGGCUGCUGUGUUCUCAAGAAAAUUGUGAAGACAUUAAUUGGUCGUCAUCUGAUUCAAGCGAAUAUGAAAAUGUUUCAAGUAAACUGACUUCAUCUUUUCAACAGCAAAACAGGAAAAGAAAACGACGUAAAAAGGUGCCAAAGAAUAUUUCUAACUUAGACAUCUCUAUAUUUAACGUGCCAAGUGGUGCAAAAGAAAUUCGAACUGAAAAACGUCAGGAAACAUCACCAAUUUUGUGUUCACAACGUUAUCCAACUUACAAAGGUAAUUCCGUAGACAAGUCGCCCAUUAUACAUUCAUCAAAAAUGUGUGAAGGAAUAUCUAAAAGCCCUAUAUUGAUUCUGAAAAGUGCGUCGCCCACAUAUUCUACUAGAGUGAAAAAGAAAUUGUUCACUAAUUUUGAAAAUGAAACAAAUAUAAGUAAAAGUGUGUCGUUAGCUCUCAAUUGUAGUGAUAAAUCGAAAUUUGAUGAUAUUUUUUUAAAGAGCCAUUCCGUAGGUUUUAACAAUAAGGAAAAUGUACAAAUAAAAAGUAAAGAUUCUUUUCAUAACAUAGAUACAGAAGUGUCAAGAACAAGGCCCAUAUUAGACAAAGAAAACACCAGUGCCGUAAAUUUGGAUGACAGCUUAGAUUCCCUAAAGUCAGUGAAAGAUUGUAAAUUAGUGAAUAAAGUUAAAUCUUAUUUUGAUAAUCAUUUUAGCUCUGAAAGCACUUCCCAAGUUUCCAUACAGGACAGCCUCACUCCAAAGAAUAAUUCUAAAACAAGUGAAGAAAUCGAAAUCAUAAAUAUAGCCACCCCGGUCAAUUCAAAUAAAACUACCACAGAAUCAACAAAAGAAGAACCAGAUAUUUUAUGUCCAAAUAAAUCAAAGAAGAUUCGGUACAAGAAAGAUGGCCUUGCCCAUAGGUUGAAUGUAUUGUUAAAAAAAAAUAAUGCCAACAUUUCUCUAUGGCAACAUGAAAGAUUCCUAGCAACAAAUUCCAAUUUUAGAAUACCUAGAGGAUCACAUUUGGUUUUUAUAAUAGGAAAUAUUGAAAUAAAAUAUGGCUGUUCUUUGUUGCAAGCAAGAAAUAUAGAGAAUGAAGGGUUUUUAAUAUUAAUUAAUAAUGAGUAUGUGAAUAAUUGUAAUAUUUCCAAAGAUGUGAUAUUAAAAGUUUAUGAGCCAUUUCAGAUUGUAGAAUUUAAAAAAGAUUUAAAAUUGUUGAUCAAUGUUUGUAAGUUUGAAUGUGAGAAAUUGCAUUAUUUGUAACAUUGUGAUAUAUUAUUUGUAAGUAAAUGUGAUUUUCUUAAAGGAAGGAAAUUAAAAUUAUUUAAUCAUAUAUUAUGUGUUUACAAUGCAUGCAUGCAACAUUGGGGCUGUAUGAGUAUGUUAAGAUUUAAAUAAAUAAAUAGUUACAUGUAUAUCCAUGCUCCAUAUUUGUAGUCUCUGCCUACCCCUCCAGAAAAGAGGCGUGAUUUUAUGUAUGUAUGUAUAUCCAUGCUUAUAGAACCUUUAAAAAAAAGGUAUAAUUAUAAUUCUAAAAUCUUGAAAACUUUGAGAUACAAGAAUGAAAUCUUCUUUCUUAUUUCCUUACUUAUAUGUAUUUAAUUUUUUAUAUUCAUGUUUCUACCUGUUUAUUUAAAAUCAACCAAAAAUGUUUCUUAAAGAUUAUGUUUUUGUAUAUCCCUUUAAUAUUUACUUUAUUGUUAUUUAAUUAUUUUAUUUGAAUAACAAUAAAGUAAAUUAAUAAAUAUAAAUAAAAAAAUAUUUUUAUUGUAUAGUUCCUGCUUUGUAUCAACCUGUGGCAAUAUGCCCAGAAGGUUGGCAACAUUGCCAUAUUUAAUGGCAAUACUUAUUCUCUGAGCCAUAUAAUUUUCAUCUCUCCAGUCAUGAGAUAGCUCAGUCAGCUGAGCAAAAGGUCCUAAAGUUUAGAAAAUUAUAAUAUCCAGAAUACAGAAUAUUACUGAAUUGUUUCUUUUUUUAGAUAAACCCAAUGGAAGUUUCAAGCAUUAUCCGACAACCAAUCAUAUAAAUUAUACUUAUUAAAU